CUUUAAACCUGUACAUUUACUCAAGCGAUAACACGUAGAUAGACAUACCGCACAGGUAUUUAAUUCUCAGGGAUAGACGGAAUGUCGAAAUAACAGAGAGGCCAUGUUGGAUUUUAAGUAAAGUUCUCGUGUGAUCACGGCAUCAGAAAUGCAUCCACGGCGCAGUGCUCAGGAAGUCCUAUUGUGUGACCUCUGUGAAACUCUCCCCCUACAGAGUCAGUGUGAACUUUGUAAUAUAAAUCUCUGUGUUAACUGUGUAGGAAAACAUCUCUCAGAUUGCUCCAAAAGACAUAAUGUCGUGCCGUUUUUACAGAGAGAGGCUACCCCUAACUACCCAAAAUGUCCGAAACACACCGAUAAACACUGUGAACUUCAUUGCGAAGAAUGUGGCAUUCCUGUGUGUUCUACCUGCAUCUCCUCAGGUAAACACAAAGGUCACGAUAUUUCAGAUAUUUUGGAAAACCUCAGCGUUAAAACAGAAAGUUUACAAAAAGAUCUGGAAGAACUAGAAACCAGAAUGUAUCCCCGAUAUGAAAAAAUGGCCUCCACUGUCCAAACUGAGAAAACCGAAUUAGAAAUGCAUUACGGGAAACUCACCACAGCUGCUGACCAACUAGGGGAAGUCUUACACCAGGAGAUCAACGUCAUUGUCAACAGACGGAAAUCCGACAUUCAGGAGAUGAAAAACAAACACCUAUCUACCCUGAAUAAGAAUAUAGAUGAAAUCACACAGAAAAUUACUGAACUCAAACAUGUCAUUUCCGACUUGAAAUCAAUCCUAAAAUCAAAUGACGUCUUCUUAACCUCUACUUACAAAUCUAGGAAUUCCGAAUAUAGAACAUUACCGCCCAGAGUCCGAGUUACAGUACCAACUUUUUCUGCUCAGAAAAUAAACAAAGAUCAGCUCAAUGAAAUGUUUGGUUCUCUGUCGCCAUUAUCCAUUAACACAGAACAUGGCGACACAAUGAAGUCAGCAGAAGUUGUAUCGCCUCCUCCUGUCAAACCACUGCUUGAUGAACCACGCCUCACCGCCACUAUAGACACUGGGUAUAGCAGACUAGUCAGUGUUAGCUGUCUGAGAGAAGAUCAAGUCUGGACACGCGGGAAUAACGACAGCAUGAAGCUCCUCAACCUCCAGAGUGAACAACUGACAUCAAUACAAACCAAGUCAGGGGACAGGCCACUGGAUGUAGCGGUGACACGGGACGUAGAUCUCCUUUACACUGACUAUAAAAAUAAGACUAUAAACCUAGUUAAGAAUAAACAGAUACAGACCGUGAUCACACUACAGGGAUGGAAACCUCUCAAUAUCUGCAGUACCGCCUCUGAUGAUAUCCUGGUUACCAUGCUCAGUGAUGAUAGAAAACAAUCCAAAGUUUUGCGUUACUCUGGCUUCAUAGAGACACAAACCAUUCAGUUUGAUGAACAGGGUCGUCCUCUCUAUUCACCUGGUCGUUUUAUCAUUCACUUUGGCGGUUUCCUUCUUAACACUAAAUACAUCAGUGAGAACAAGAACCUGGAUAUCUGUGUGGCUGACCGGUCAGCUAGUGCAGUAGUGGUGGUCAACCAGUCAGGAAAACUCCGAUUUAGGUACACUGGUCAUCCCUCUAAUACCAAGAAAUCAUUUGAUCCAGUCGGCAUCACUAUAGACAGCCAGAGUAACAUCCUGACAGCAGACUAUAGAAAUCACUGUAUCCACAUCCUAGAUCAGGACGGACAGUUCCGCCGUUACAUUCACUGUGAUUUAUCCGGUCCAUAUGGUUUAUGUGUGGACAUCAGGGACAACCUCUUUGUGGCUGAGUUAAACACUGCUAAAGUGAAGAUAAUCCAUUAUCUAUAAACACAGUGUUAAUUACACAGCUCAACACAGUAUUAAUUGCAUAUCUAAACACAGUGUAAUUUACAGAACUGUGUUAAUUCCUUCUACUUGUCAAUUAUACCUGCUUGUUAAUUACAGCCCUGUGUUUGUGAUGUGUAACGCGUACUUGUGUUUGUGAGUUAAACCCAACGUUAUUGUAUUUGUGAAUUAUAGCAGUCAAUAUGUCUUUGAUUUCACAAUGUAUAUAUUAGAUAAACGUGAUAUAGAG